AAAAUUAAAAUAGGAAAAACUCGGAUGCCGGGUCUCUUGGCGGGGGGAAACAACCACCUUAUCACAGCGCAGCAAAACGACAAACUGUUGCUCCUAACUUACGCCACCCUUCAUCAUUCCCUGCUAUCCUACGCUUCCCACCGCCCUCAUAACCCACUCCAUUAGUCAUUAAUUUAAUAAACUACCACUUCGAUCCAGAGCUCUCUCGCGCGCGCGCGCUCUAUUGCGAUCUCUGCCAUUGAGUCAGGGCUUCCUUUGGAUAAUCAUGCUAGCUGCUUCUGGAGUGCAGCUUUCAUUAUUCCAGUUUCUAUUCAGUUUAUUUAUUAUUAUCUUAAGCUCUUUGGAAAGGGGGAGUGCAAGGAUCACCAGUUCUUUUAUCCGUUCUGAGUGGCCAUCUGUUGAUAUUCCUCUUGAUAGUGAAGUGUUUGCAGUUCCUAAGGGUUACAAUGCACCACAGCAAGUGCAUAUCACCCAAGGAGAUUAUGACGGCAAGGCUGUAAUAAUUUCAUGGGUGACAACUGAGGAACCUGGACCUAGUGAAGUACAAUAUGGCACAUCAGAGAAGAAAUAUGAUUUUAGUGCCAAGGGCAAAAUGACAAAUUACACCUUCUACAAGUAUAAGUCUGGCUACAUUCACAAUUGUCUUGUUCAUGGCCUUGAGUAUGAUACCAAAUACUAUUACAAGAUUGGAGCAGGUGACUCUUCUCGUGAAUUUUGGUUUCUAACACCUCCAAAGAUUGCUGCAGAUGCUCCCUAUACCUUUGGAAUAAUUGGUGAUUUGGGUCAAACAAAUAAUUCACUUUCCACUCUCCAACAUUACAUGCAAAGUGGGGGAAUGACUGUCUUAUUUGUUGGGGAUCUUUCUUAUGCUGAUAGAUAUGAAUAUAAUGACGUUGGUAUUAGAUGGGAUUCAUGGGGCCGCCUUAUUGAGCAAAGUGCUGCAUAUCAACCAUGGAUUUGGACAACUGGGAAUCAUGAAGUAGAGUACAUGCCCAAAAUGGGUGAAGUUCUUCCAUUUAAAUCUUAUCUGCAUAGAUAUUCCACUCCCUAUAUGGCCUCCAAUAGCACAAACCCUCUUUGGUAUGCUGUUCGACGUGCAUCUGCUCAUAUUAUCGUGCUUUCCAGUUAUUCUCCAUUCGUCAAAUACACACCACAAUGGAACUGGCUGCGAAGAGAGCUAAAGCGAGUGGACAGAGAGAAGACACCCUGGCUUAUUGUUCUCAUGCAUGCCCCCAUCUACAACAGCAAUGUAGCCCACUAUAUGGAGGGUGAAAGUAUGAGAGCAGUCUUUGAGAGCUGGUUUGCCCGAUUUAAAGUUGAUCUUGUCUUUGCCGGCCAUGUCCAUGCUUAUGAGAGAUCAUAUCGUAUCUCAAACUUCCACUACAAUGUAACAAAUGGUGAUUGUUAUCCUGUACCUGAUAAAUCAGCCCCUGUUUAUAUAACUGUUGGAGAUGGAGGAAAUCAAGAAGGUCUAGCUGGAAAGUUUUGGGACCCGCAGCCUGAUUAUUCCGCAUUCCGUGAAGCCAGUUAUGGCCACUCCACAUUAGAGAUAAAGAACAGAACCCACGCAUUUUACCAUUGGAACCGAAAUGAUGACGGGAAGCAAGUCCUGACUGAUUCAGUAGUAUUUCUCAAUCAGUACUGGGCCAGCAAUCUUCAGAGGAGGAGGCUCAAGAAGAAUAAUCUCAGGACCAUUGCUAGCCGCAUUGCGACUUCUGCAACUUCCUCAUCGGUUUAGGCACUUACUAUUAAAGCUUGACAUGCUUUUGUGGACGGAACAUAAUUGGAAAAAAAUAAUUGGAUGUGCUUUGUUUAUUCUCUGAACUCAUUUGAUUAAAUGGAGUCCCACUUCUUCGUGAUGGCGGACCGCAUCAUCACUCCGAACCAUUUCACCAAGGAGAGCUCACAUUUGGAUGUCUAAUGGGAGUAUUCCACUGUGUUUUCUUGAGUUGUGCAUCUAAUUAGCUCUAUGUUGUCUAUUUUGUCGUAUGUAUCUGAUUGGUUGUAUGAUUUUGUAAUAUGACAUGAUGGACAACACCAAUUCAUUUAUUUAUGUAUUUAUAUUUUAAAA